AUGAUGAUAGUGAUGGCAGAUAAUGAUCAUGAUGAUGAAAAUAGUGAUGGUGGUAGUAAUAUUGAUAAUGCUAAUGUUAAUGACAAUAGUGAGGAUGACCAUGAUGGCAGUCAUUUUGAUGAUGAUGAUGAUGAUGAUGAUAAUGCUAGAAAUGGUGACAGUAAUAGCAAUAAUGGGAUGCCGAUGAUAAAGAUAGUGGAAGCGUUAAUGAUGAUAAUGAUAAUGAAAGUGUCAAUGAUGACGAGAUGUAUAUGUGGUAAUAAUGACGAUGAUGAUGAUGAUGAUGAUGAUGAUGAUGAUGGCAGUGACAAUGACGAUGAUUCCAAUAAUUACAAUGAUGAAGGUCGGCUCAUUUCAAAUAUCGUAGUAACAAUGACGAAUACUACGUUCUCUCUGAUAUGA